GCUACUUCAUCAUAGUGAACCGUUUCAGAGCUCCUACCCACAGACCCAAGUCAAAUGCUGAGGCGCGUAACAGUGGAAGUUCGCAGGUAUGAGCGCGCGUUUCGGUCUUCGCUCUGAGCUUUGAAAUACUUCUCGACUUCAACGCGCUAUGCCUUCCGAAGUUUUGUUUGGAGACGGGGAAGGACAGCAGGAUGGAGAACAAGGCGACUGACGUCUGUAUGGACUGAAGACAAGAGCGCGCUAUGGAGAUGACCGCUCGCCUCGCGCACUUGGACACCAAGGUGGAUGGCAGAAACUGUGAUGGACUUGUCAACCAUAACGGGGAAACGACUGAGAUAAGAGUACCGCUGUCUCACACGGGGAAGAGACUCGGUCCGAUCGAGGGGGGGAAUCUAUACAGACUGCGUGACAGAAAGUUCCUUCUGGAGGACAAGAAGCGCCUCUGCGCGUGGGCACUGGGAGCCGCGCUGUUAGGCAUUCUGCUGAUGGUAUUACAUGCUGAGCUGUGCCCACUAGUGUAUCAACCAGAAUCCAUUUAUGCCCUCUCCAUAAAUGGUCUCAUCAGUUUCUCCACGGGUUGUUUGCUCAUUCUCAUCAUCGCCUUCCAUUAUAAAGACAUCAGACUUUUUAUCAUUGACCACAACCAGGUGGACUGGCGCAUUGCCAUGACCAGUAACCGGGUGCUUGGCAUCUCCCUGGAACUCGUUGUCUGUGCUAUCCAUCCCGUGGCAAUCUACCUGAGGCCAGAUAUGGGGGACAGACUGCUGGGGGAGCCAGAGCAAAAUUCCUCUACCCCCCUCUGCUUGUCCUCGAGUCACAAAGAAGUCAUGCUGGAUGUGGAGCUGCUGCUGUCGGCCCUCAUGUUCCUGAGACUGUAUCUCGUGCACAGAGCCGUCCUGCUACACAGCAAGGUGCUCCUCAGCGCCUCGUACAGGAGCAUCGGCUCCCUCAACAACAUCAACUUCAGCUUCCGCUUUGUGCUCAAGGUGCUAAUGAACAAGUAUCCGGCCCGCACGCUGCUGGUCUUCAUUAUGUUCUUCUGGCUCUCCGCAGCUUGGAUGCUGCGACUGUGUGAAAGGCAGCAACAGGUAGAGACAGGUGGCAUGGACACAGCAUUGUGGCUGAUAGCCAUCACCUUCCUCACAGUGGGAUAUGGAGAUGUGUACCCUCACACCAGCUGUGGCAAGUUGGUGUGUCUCUUCACAGGUGUCAUGGUAAAUAAAACUCUUAACUUACUUUUAACUAUUACUCAUAUUACUCAACUAUUAUUCAUUUUAACUAUUACUCUUAUGCUCUCGAUCUACUGGUACUAGCAGUUUGAGAAAAAU